AGUAAUGAAAUAUUAAGAUCUAAAUAUAUUUCUUUUGUGGUUGCAGAAACAGCAGCACCAUCGACAGGUUCGCCAGUGUGUGGUGUCAUUGAUGGGAAGUUCGAGAGUGGAUAUCUUAUUACAGUGAAGAUCGGUUCUGAAGAUUUUAAAGGUGUUCUAUAUCAGGUUCCAAUGAACGCAAUGCAUCAAGAGUUGCAAAAUCAGAAUCUACCUGAUUAUAACACAGGGAAAGCAGCAUCGGCUAACAGAAGUGGUUAUAACUUUUUCUUCGCAGAGCAACACGCCAGGCUGAAACCUCUCUAUCCUGGGAACGAUAGGGAGAUUAGUCGGAUGAUAGGUGAAUUGUGGAACAACCUAAACGUACCCGAGAAAAUGAUUUAUCAGGAGAAAGCCUUGCAAGACAAAGAACGAUACAGAUUGGAGAUGGAAGACUAUCGCGAGAGAUUAAAAACAGGGCAAGUUGUUAGUAAUCCGCUACAAAUGCAACUUCCUCUUGAACACAACGUCGAUAUGAUUGAUGUGCAGAGUGAACUUCCAAGUGAAAACGGAAACGUUUCUUGGAGUCCGGAGUACAGACCAAGUUCCGAUAAAUGUGCACAGAGCAACUGGGAGAACAACAAAGGCACAAACCCGAAUUUAGAUGCGAAGGCUCCAGCCAACAACGCGGCCGUGGAAGCAUUGGGCGAUGUAGAGGAAUUCGAGUUGCUUAAAAGAGUAGACAUGGUUGAAUGUGAGGAUAAAUAAAUGCAGGUAGAAGAAGAUGAUGAAGCUGAUAAACAAGAACUUCAACAUAGUAAGGAGAAAGUUUUGUUUUUCCUAGAAGAUAAAACUUUAUUACCAACUGAGGAGAAAAUAUAACAUGGCAUAGCUUAAGUUAGUUAACUUCCUAGAGAUAACACCCUAUCUUCACUAUAGUUGCCUAUUGACUUAGUGAUUAUUUGUUGUUCAAUUGUCAAGUUUCUAGCAUAGUUGGGACACAACUUGGAAGUAUGAACCAUUUUGAUGUUAAUGACAUGGGCUUACUUUAAAGAUA